AACUAAAAAAAGAAAUAAAAGUUGUUAUCUUUUUAUAGUUUUUGCAACUUGUUUUUAUGUCAUUAGCUACUUCUUCCACCCACUCUUCCUUCCUACUUGCUUCCCCAUCAAUCAUGUAGGGUUAACAAAACCAACACAAAACAUAUUCUUAAAUUCAAUUCAAAUAGUAGUAUAAAAACACACUCAAAUUCAUCCUUCAAUUUCUAGCAUAUUCUUUAGAUAUUUUCACACACACAUAUCCACCAAUCAUCAUUCACCUAAUUCAAUUCCACUUUACACUCAAUCAAUCGGGCCGUUACGUUUCCGGUCGCCGGAUAACAUGACGUUCACGCGUUUUCGUUGUUCAUAGAUCUCGUUGUAUCGACGCUAAAUACUCCAAAAUCGACGGUUAAUUCGUUUUUAAUUGUCUAAUAAUGGAUUCAGAUGAAUUCAGAUCGAUUUUAACGAAUUCAGGUGCGGAUGUUUGGGAGAUUAUCGACGCUGCCGUAACCCUAGCUGCUACGGAUUACGCCGGAGAGUUGAAGCACCGGCGAGACGGAAUUGUGGAGCGGUUAUACGCGCAACCGUGUAGAAAUUGCGACGUGAAUCCGGUUGAGCAGAACGGCGUCGUUCGGACGGUUACGACGGAGGUUGACGAUGACCGCCGUGAGUCGCCGUUGACUCCGCAGUCGGUUCCGCAGGAGGAUGAAGAUGAAGAACUGGAUCCGUACGCAGGAUUGUUUGAUGAUGAGCAGGCGAGAGUUUUGAGAAUUAAAGAACAGCUUGAAGAUCCACAGCAGAGUGAUGAGGCUGUUGUUGACUUGCUUCAAACCCUAGCUGAUAUGGAUCUGACUUUCGCAGGCCUUAAGGAAACUGAUAUAGGAAGGCAUGUUAAUCGGCUUCGAAAGCAUCCGUCGAAUGAAGUAAGAAGUCUGGUGAAGCAGUUGGUGAGGAAAUGGAAAGAGUUGGUGGAUGAAUGGGUUGGGUCGAAAAACGGUGAUCGUGCACCAGCUACUCACGAUGAUGGGGACUCACCUCUUGUGCAUAAUGUGUCAAGGAAUACCCAAAACGGUCAUCACCAGGUGCCUGACUUCGGCUAUUCUCCUAAUCCACACAAUGGGAGUUCUGGUUCUGAUAGGAAUAAUUCUGAACCGGAGCAGCAGAGGACGAAAGCAGUUGUUUCUAAAAAGGUAGCACCUUCAAGACCAGCACCCCAAUCCCGCCCUGCAAUGGUUGCCUCUGGUUCCACCUCAGCUCCUCAAAACCGAGCAAACAAGGAGCAAAACAUCGACCUUGACAGGUUUGAUUCAGCCCGGAAGCGGCUUCAAGAGAACUACCAAGAAGCCCAAAAUGCCAAAAAGCAAAGGACAAUACAGGUGAUGGACAUUCAUGAGAUACCAAAGCCCAGGAAUGGUUUCAUUGCCAAGAAUAAAGGCAACUUUCAGGGAAGGCACAAUCGAUGAUGAUUUUCGUUACCCGCUACAACACUUGCUUGCCAAAAUCUGGCCUUUUUUCAAUUAAGAGUGUAUUACAAAUUUUUUAUCAGUUGAUUUGAAUGCUAAUUUGCAUUUUUUUUAUAUAGAUCGCCAUUUCUCUUUUCUUUUA